AGAAUAUAUAACUCAUUACAUUAUUACAAACAAACGUAUGUCCAACAAACUUGUCGAUCAAUAUACUCUCCUUCUCUCUCUCUCUCUGUUCCUCCCUAUAAAGAUCAGUUGAGGCAAUCAAUUGGAAGUGAGUUCAGAUCUUGGUCUCAAAUGUAUCCCAGAAACUUGUUGUUGAAUUUUCGAGACCGACGGAGACGGAGUCGGACCGAUGAAGGCGGAGCGGAAGAGAAGUUGAAUCCAUUGACCUCAUCAAGAAAGUGGUCAUUGUUUGAUUUGAACGAGGAGGCCAGGGUUGAAGAUGGUGAUCAUGACAUUAGUGUAGAAGUUGAGCAAAAUGAAGAAAGAAAGCACGGACGAACUUCAUCAAAGCAUAAUAACAAUGAGAAUACAAAUAACUCAUCAAGAGAAGAAGGAAAUGGAGGAAGAAGAAGAAGAAGAAGAACAGCAGUGAGGCAGUAUGUUAGAUCUAAAGUGCCUCGCCUGCGUUGGACUCCUGAGCUUCAUCUCAACUUUGUUCAUGCCGUUCAAAGGCUCGGUGGCCAAGAGAGAGCAACACCCAAGUUGGUUCUUCAGCUGAUGAAUGUAAAAGGACUUAGCAUUGCCCAUGUCAAAAGCCAUUUACAGAUGUAUAGAAGCAAGAAGCUUGACCAAACAGGGCAAGGUACAAAUUAGUAACUGUUCAUCAUAAUUCAAUAUCAUAAAGUAGUUAUGCAACUUUGUUUGUUUUUGUCCGUAAUAGUUAUAGGAGAAGCAUGGGCGGGUGGGGUGAUGCAAGGAGGUGGGGGAUACUACAACAACAUCAACAAUAAGAAUGGCGGCAGGGUGAGCCACCAUUAUUCUCGCUGGCACUUCCAUAUCCAGUUUGGAAGGGUUGCAAAACUGUUACCCUCAAACUCACCCUAUGAUCCAAGGAGUUGUCAUGCAAGGACAAGGCAGCUGAGGAGAGAAAAUCAUUGUUGGGAACCAGAGCUGGAGCUAGGACUGAGGCAGACAACAACAACAGCAACAAAGAGUAGUAGUAGUAGUAGUAGUAGUGAUAAAGAGAGUUGGGGAUAUGGUUUACGGAUUACCACUGACCUUUCCCUUUCUUGAAGCUAUAAGGCCACAGGCUGAUUAUAGAAUAAUGAGGUCUCUUAUUGCAAAAUCAGUGAUAAUUGAGGUCUCUGGUUGUUUGAGUUUGGGGCCAUUGGCAUUGCCAUUCAUUGCAUUGCAUAACAAAAAGCACACAUCUAUUCUGCCACCAAA